AUGGCGAAUAAAACUGUGUUGGUUUGGGGGCAUAUCCUCAUACGACGUAUGGGACAAUAUUGUGACGAACAAACUUCCACCACCAAUCUUGGUUUUCGCCAGGAUUUGCACAGUAUACAGAUUGUUGGCUACUCAGGCGGAACCAUUGACACAUUACGACGAUAUAUGGGCGACAUUCAUUUCUAUCGACCCGACGUGAUCUGUCUCCAAAUAGCGGGGAAUGACCUGAGCCGUCCAGAACUUACCCCCGACGUUGUUUUUAAAAACUUUACUUCUUUGAUAGAACAGUUGUUCGCUGCCCCAUUUGUGCAAUAUGUGGUAGUGUUUGAACUGUUCACGCGUCUGGGAACUCGUUCUCAUAGAGACACAGCAUCUAAAAAUCUUAACGACUGUGUAGACACAGCAUCUAAUAACCUUGACUACUGUGUAGACACAGAAUCUAUUAACCUUGACUACUGUAUAGACACAGCAUCUAAGAACAUUGACUUCUGUGUAGACACAGCAUCUAUUACCCUUGACUACUGUGUAGACACAGCAUCUCAGACCCUUGACUUUUAUGUAGACACAGCAUCUAAGAACCUUGACUACUGUAUAGACACAGUAUCUAAGAACCUUGACUACUGUGUUGACACAGCAUCUAAGAACCUUGACGACUGUGUAGACACAGCAUCUAAUAACCUUGACUACUGUGUAGACACAGCAUCUAAGAACAUUGACUACUGUGUAGACACAGCAUCUAUUAACAUUGACUUCUGUGUAGACACAGCAUCUAUGAACCGUGGCUACUGUGUUGACACCGCAACUCACGACCUCUACUACUGUCUGGACACAGCAUCUAAGACCCUUGACUACUGUGUAGACACAGCAUCUAAGAACCUUGAUUACUGUGUAGACACAUCAUCUAAGAACCUUGACCACUCUGUAGACACAGCAACUAAGAACAUUGACUACUACACAGCAUCUAAUAACCUUGACUACUGUGUAGACACAGCAUCUAAGAACCUUGACUACUGUAUAGAUACAGUAUCUAACAACCUUGACUACUGUGUAGACACAGCAUCUAUCAACCUUGACUACUGUGUAGACACAGCAUCUAUUAACCUUGACUACUGUAUAGACACAGCAUCUAAGAACAUUGACAACUGUGUAGACACAGCAUAUAUUAACAUUGACUUCUGUGUAGACACAGCAUCUAUGAACCGUGGCUACUGUGUAGACACCGCAACUCACAACCUCUACUACUGUCUGGACACAGCAUCUAAGAACCUUGACUACUGUGUAAACACAUCAUCUAAGAUCCUUGACUAA